UAUAUAUAUGGCUGCCAGCGUAGGUAUUUGAUUUGAUCCCGGGAAACGACCUGUUCAUUCAGGUUAUCCUUAAAAUUAAUUUGGAAAUAUGAGUGAAAAUAGAAGACGAAGGGUUAGCUCAGGUUCGAAACAACGUGGUAAUGGGAGUGAUCCGACUGGAACAUCGAGAAAUUCUCAUACAAAGAGUGCAUAUCAGCGGUCUACAAGCUAUGACAAGGUACGUCGCCUGGUGAAAGAAGAAGGGCGCAAUGCACGUAAUCUCGUCCAGUGGAGCGUGCCGGUGGAGGAUAGUGACGAUAGCGAUACUGCAGCCAAGACAGCUCCACGUAGGAAGCUGAAGGCCAGAACAUCAAUCCUCAAGGCAAGAAAAAGCCCUCGGGACAGCUCCACCGAGGAGAAACGUAGCUCAAGUACAGAGGGACGCAGCCUAGAGAAAACAGAAAAGAAAACUAAGAAAAUUGACCUUCGUGCCCGCUACUGGGCAUUUCUGUUUGAUAACCUACAGAGGGCUGUAGAUGAAGUAUACCACACAUGUGAAGUAGAUGAGAGUAUUGUGGAAUGUAAGGAAGUUAUAAUGAUACUGAAGAGUGCUACAAGAGAUUUUGAAGCCCUGAUCAAGCGGAUUAAUGUACAGACAGCCUUCGAGAAUGCAGAUAAAGAUAAAAAGCCUACCUCUUUGGUGUGGGAGGUACGCAAGAUGUCAUCUUCACCAGCAAAGCAUCGUGCACCAAGUUGGCCUGGCGAUGCUCGCACACCUCCUCGUAGACAGCGGCCUACCUCACUUGCUUGGGAGGUACGGAAGACAUCACCUGGCAAGGCCCUUGGCACCAGCCCAACUCCUGAUAGCUACCGUAGUACCCCAAGUCCUGUCAACAGAAUUCUCAGCUUCAACAACCAGGGAAAAUCAGGUAGCCCAGUACCAUUUGUUGAAACUGGUUCAAGUUGGGCUGAUAAAGUAAAAGGCCGUACAACCAAACCGGUACCUAAAGCAGCACUACAGCCUAAACUCCCGCAACAGGCUGAGGUUGAAACUAAAACAAAGAAUGCUGUGUUAGAGGAAAUCAAUGAAGAUGAUACUGAAGGCUGGGAAACUGUGCAACGAGGCAAGCAAGGAAAACAGAACAAAUCCCGCAACUCCUCCUCUUCCAACUCGCCUGCCAAUCAUGGUAAACAAAUACACAGCAAUGCAACUCCAAAAGUCACACAAGAGAAAAUACCAGUUGUUAUUACGGAUGUAGAAAAAAACAACACAGAAGUUAGAGAGAGUCGUACUGACAGUGAGAAAGAAAAUCAUCCGGUAGAGUCUUCUAACAUCCAGAAGAAGGAAGUUGACAUCAGAGAGCAAGACCCUGCCAUUCUUGAAGUCACCAGUACUACAGAAGUUAAAACUGAAAUUGAGGAAAAUGAGAAGGAAACAGAGCUAGUUCCAAAUUUAGAUGAGGCAGUAAUUGCAGCAUUAAACGAAGAAGAGACACUCACCAGCGAACUGGAGAAGUAUCAAGAAGAGGCGUUGGCAUCAGCAAUUGCAGAGGAAGAGAACCUGACAAAAGAACUUGAAGAAGAGGAGAAUAAGGAGAUCGAAGUUGUGGAGACAGAUGAAGGUGACAGUGAUCUUGGGAACACCAUGAGCUCCCUAGAAUCCUCUCAGCGUACCAUGGACUGGAAUGAUCUAUGCGCAGAGUUCGAAGAGAAGAGGAGUCAGCAGGGCAUGUCAUGGGGUGACAUGGUUGACCUUGAUGAUAACCUGGAAGCUAGACCGCCUGGACAUGCUCUACUUAUGCAUGAGAAACUCUCAUCACCCUCAAGAAAAAAGACACGAGCGGAGAGUCGGAAGAUUCAUGAAGAAAGACAAGCACAGGCGAAGAAGAAACGAGAGAUUUUGCUUGAAGAGAAGGGCCAGAAACUGCGUAGUCUUCAUGAGCGGAUUGCUGAGGUACAAGAAUGGAAGGAAGUCCUGAUUCAACAACGCAAGAAAGAGAUGGAUGAAAAGUUGAAGAGAGCAGAGGAAAAACGUCAAGUACAACUCCAAGCCAUUGUAAAGAAAGCUAGAACCGAAGAUAUAAAGGCAAAUGAAAUUGCAUUUAUAAAUUCUUUAGAAGCUCAAAACAAAAAGAUUGACAUACUCUCCAGACAUCAGGGCAUCGAGGCCCGACUCCAGGACCUCAUUGAUGAACGCCAGCGGAAGACGGAGGAAAAACAAGCUAAAGAAGAGGCUGCACACGAGAGGCGGAGACAGCUUGAGGAGGAACGACAAGCCAGGUUAGAGGCUAUGCAAAAACAGAGGAAGAUUCAGGAAGAGAAGAUAUACCAGAUUAGAGAUGCAAGAGACAGGGCAAGAGAAGCUGCUGCCAAAGAGAAAGCAAGGGACAGAGUUCAGAGGCUGUCUGCCCUCACUGCUGCUCAGCUAGCCAAGGAAGAGGAAAUACAAAAGAAAAUACAACAAAAGCAAGAUGGGAGCACUCGUCGCCACACUGAACAUCUUGAACAAAAACGUGAAAAAGCAGUUGAAUUGAGCAUGCUUAGACAUUACCGAACGACAGAUCUUGCUCCGCAGCAGAAGCCGUAUGAUAAGAAGAAAGUCUGUACCCUGUGCAAUAUGCCAAUUCCUUCAGAAGUUUAUCUGUUGAGUCACUUGAAGGGAAGAAAACAUGCACUGGCAUUCAAUGAAAAGCAUGCAGAUCUACAGCUAUCUGAAGAAGACCGGGAGAGUUAUUCACUUAAAUACAUUGUACAAGCACCUUCAGACGAGCCUGAUGCUAAGCAGAUUGCAGAGAAGGAACGUCAGAAGGGAUUGAGGAAACGGGCAAGGAAGCUUCGUCAGCGUAUGAGUUCAAGAGGAAAGGAGUACGAGACCAACUUGCCCACCAAGUCACAAGCUGGUGGCUCUUCUGAAUGCCGUGCUAAUGAUGCUGAUGGCGAUCAUGGUGGUGGUGAUGAUCAUGAGGAUGAUGAUGUUGAUUGUGAUAAUAGUGGUGAUAAGGAUGAUGUUGAUGGUGCUGUCUCUUAUACACAUCUAGAUGUGAAUAAGAGACAGCAACAAAAGCAAGAUGGGAGCACUCGUCGCCACACUGAACAUCUUGAACAAAAACGUGAAAAAGCAGUUGAAUUGAGCAUGCUUAGACAUUACCGAACGACAGAUCUUGCUCCGCAGCAGAAGCCGACUUUAUGCAAUGCAACCAAUGUACUGAAAUUAGCAAUCAAAGGAUGUUAUGAGAAUUGUCAGUACUGUCUCUAUAGCAACAAAUUAGGACCACUAAUUGACAGUCUAAUGCACCAAUUGAUAAGCAUCAUACCAGAUGAUGAGGUUUCACCACUUAACACCAGUGGCAGUUCCGACAAUUGGAAGCCUCCCUCUGAUCCUGUAGCAAGCCACCUCAUGCAGGUGCUAUCCACAGUAUUUUUGUGCCUGUCCAAAAAUGGACCAACUGCUACAAGUUCCUCAACAAGUGAGAAACGUGGUGAAGCUCAGAAGAAAAAAGCAGACACUUUCCAACAAUGGGGCCAAGAUGUUAUCAGUUACUUUGUGUGUAGCGGUGUUGUUGAUAAGCUAACUACAUAUUUUAAUGGUAUUCGAGGCACCAUUGACGAAGAAGAGAAGAGUGCUGAUUUCCUUCAGCAUGGGCUCGCUCUACUUGCUGCAGUUACCAAAUUUGUCACCGUCACAUCGUCAAAGUCGAAUGAUGUAUUCGCUAGCAAACAUGAAGACUCUACUCAGCUAAUUGUUACAUUCCAAGCCACUGGACUUGGAGGUAUUGUGUCCUUGCUGUAUGGAGUUCUUCUUCAUGGUGGUUCACCCUCACGUGGGGAUGCAGUCAUCCCACCUGAACUACCUGAGCACACCUUGAGUGUUGUGAAUGCCGGUAUACGCAUGCUGAGUAACAUUGCACUGUUAGAUCUUACUAUACUACAGAGUGCCUUAGGAGAGGAAGGAAUCUCAUUGGAAUUUCGACAUAUUGCAACAUAUUUAAUCUGGUAUUGUAGUCACUAUCAGAACUACAGUGAUCUCCUUCAUGAAGUUAUGCUAAUCGUUGGGUAUUUUACAGUCUUCCAUCAUGAGAACCAGAUCAUUGUUCAGUCCGGCAAGACGCCCACCCUACUGCAACAGUUAUGCGCGCUGCCAUUCCAGUAUUUCAGUGACCCGCGCCUCAUGGCCAUUUUAUUUCCUACUCUAAUUGCUUGUUGUCACAACAACCAAGAGAACAAGAUAAUUCUGGAGCAGGAGAUGAGUUGUAUGCUGUUGGCAACUUUCAUCGAGGAGAAGCUAAGAGACAAAGAGAAGGCCAAACUUUUACCAACAGCAGCCAAAGCAAAAGGUAAAAAAAACUUACCCUUAUUCUUAGUGUUCCCUUUUAUUGCUUUCACCUUUUAA